AGUUUCAGCGGCGUACUGGAUUUACUGCCCUCCCAUCCACGUAUUUGAACUAGCACACAUACCUCACGACAGCUAAUACUUUCAUGUUUCGCGUUCCCUUUCCCGUCAUUACCAGCUUCACAAUAUGUGCAACAUGCAGAGCUGUGCAGAUUCCGGAUAACACGGGCACGGGUCUCGUCCUCAGCACACAGGAAGAUCGUGCGCCUACAGGUGCUACACACCAAGAGGUUGCGCCUCCGGUGAAUGAUAGGUGGCGGUGGCCCAAUAAGACUAGCAAGUUUGCACUGGUCAUCAGCGCAACGGGGAUGGACAGUCAUUAUGGCAGUGGGGUCCGCCAAAUGGCAUUCGCAAUGGAUCUGAAGAGCUGCGAUUUCGGUGUCGACACUCUGACAGAGAAGCCGCAAGACACUGUUGACUGGAACUCCGUCCCGGCCAUGGGGCUGAUCGCGGGCUCAACGAAUUUUAACGUCGGGGUCGGGGGGGACCGCUCUGGGUUCACCGCGUCCCGCGUCAAGUAUUUGAUGCAUCGGUACGAUCGUAUCUACCUCUUCGGGUGGGCGUGGGAGACGGAGUACGCUCACACACUGGAGACGGCGCUGGAGGCUUUGGAGUCGGACCCGAGCCUGCACGGCAGGGUCACCCUCGUGCUGGACGACAACCCGUAUCACCGCUGCUACGCGGAGCAUAAGCUGGAGUACUGCCGGGAGAGGGCGCCGGCCAUGCUCCGCAGAUGGCUGGGCGUCAGCUCUCGGGCGAUGUCCAUAUCGACCCGGGACGCCAUCGAACUCAACCGCCUGAAGGCCAGCGAGGACAUCCUGGGGCCGUCUUUCGAGUCAUGGCCCCUGAAUUUGCAGCAGGUGGAAAGUCUGUUCAACCGCGGCAAUGUGUCGAAGACCGUCGAUGCCGAGUCCAAGAUGUACCUGACCAUGGUGGGCAACGACCACGCAGAGAAUCGGAGGUUCGUGUCCGAAUUGGUGACUGGCGGUCACUUGGAACGAAUAUGCGCUCUCCAACGUGACGGAGCAGGAGGCCUGAAAGUUUGCUUUGUCGGCUCGAUCUCCCGGUACAUACAAGAAACGUACCCCAGCGAGGUGUCUCAUUUGCGGCGCAAGUGCUUGCGCCUGAAGUACGAGAUCUCAACGCAGCAGCUCGAGGAGAAGAUCCUCCCGAUCACGGCGGCGAUCCUGAAUCCAUUCCUUGAGCCCGUGAACAGUGGAAUCAGCGUGAAGACGUUCGAGGCCGUCGCCAUGGGCAUACCGAUCGUGACGUCGAUGGCCGGCUUCCGCGGCCUGGAGGACUGCGGCGCGCGUCUCGACCAGGCUGGCCUGCUCGCCACGAACACCGCCGCGGGGUACGUCGACGUCAUUAGGAACAAGCUGCUCAACCCGGAGGCCUCCCUCGCGUUCGCGGCCAUGCAGCGGGAGAUCAUGCGGACCUGCGUGGCCGAGCAGUCGAGGGAGCUGGGCAGCACCCUGUGCAGCAAGACGGCGUGACCUUGCUCGGCGGCGCCCCGUCGAGGGGUCGGCGCGCGCAGCCGCUCGGAGUGGAGCCCGGCACCGGCCAACGGGCUGCUCGCUUCCCGUGUGCGGCCAGAGCCUGGGCAGGCACCCCGGGCGUGCCCGAGCGCCUGCUCGGGCCCGCCGGCGCAGCGGGGUGAGAGAGAGAGUGGCGUGCACCGAGCGCGGCGCACGCCAGGGCGUUUGUUUGCGCGAUCUCGCUGGGCGCGGGCAUCGGCCAGAGGAGGAGACGGUACCCAUACCUCGGGUAGGAGGAGGAGGGAUCCGAUUUACCACCGCCGGGCUCGGCCUGUUCAGGCCUUCCCCGCAGCCUGCUGCUCCUGCUUACUCGCACCUGCUGGCCCUGGACGCCUGGGAAGAGCGACCCUCUUCCUCGCAGUCCUCCUGAUCCGCCCUCAUCCUCCGGAUAGUUCGCCCUGCUCUGGCGGGUCCCCGCAACCCUGUCGGGGGGCAUUCUGGUCUGCCCCUUCGCUUGGCAGCCCCGUUUUGUUCUGGCAGCCGCUGGAAGCCGGCAGCGGCCGCUUGAGGUUCCAUAGAUCGGCGGCGGCAUUGAUCACCACCAGCCUCACCUCGCGCGCAAGAAAGAAAGUGGAUACGGGGGGAAGUCCC